AUGGAAUACGAUAUCUGGCCUUAUGCUGUUCACGGCCUUCUGGCUUUAUAUUUGUGCAUCUUUUUGCUGGCCGUUUGUCAUGCCUGUUACAUCCGAAUGAGAGACGAAGCGAGAACGAGUCGACAAAUCGACAAAUCGACAAGAUGCGUCGCACGCGGAUCGUCGGCAAGUUCCACAACAAUCAGCCCCAUCUCUACAAAACGAAAUGGUGAAAGGCUAAGA